UCAUUUCUUCCCCCCCCUCCCACCUCUGAAUCCUUGGAGAUUUUCAAAGGAUUUCAAAAAGAAACCUAAUUAAUUAUAAUCAAAACACCUUCUUUCUGCCACUCCAUGUGCUCCCCAAUCACCCUGUUUUACAUCCUCUACCCCACCCCCUCCAUAAUUGCAUAAACUAAACUCUACAUGUAUAUACAGACAUACACACACACACAUAUAUAUAUAUAUAGCACGGAGAGACAGAUAUUUAUAGAAUCAGUCAAUUGGUCUGAUUUGGUUGAUUAGCACUUCAUAGAGCAAAUGGGUGAAGAAGCUAAGCAGGAGCAGGCGAAGGCAGAGGCGCAGCCGGAGGAGAAACCAGAGGAAAAGAAAGAAGAAAAACCAGAGGAGAAAUCAGCGGAGGAAUCAAAACCUCCAUCUCCAUUUGUGCUGUUUGUGGACUUGCAUUGUGUUGGUUGUGCCAAGAAGAUUGAAAAAUCUAUCAUGAGGAUUCGAGGAGUUGAAGGAGUAGUGACGGACAUGGGUAAAAACCAGGUUACUAUAAAAGGAGUAGUAGAACCCCAAGCUAUCUGCAACAAGAUUAUGAAGAAAACCAAACGAAGAGCUCAAGUCUUGUCUCCACUUCCACCUGCCGACGGUGAACCCAUGCCCCAACUUGUCACCUCACAGGUUAGUGGGUUAAUCACCUUGGAGCUUAAUGUAAAUAUGCAUUGUGAAGCAUGUGCCGAGCAACUUAAGAAGAAAAUACUUCAAAUGAGAGGUGUUCAAACAGCUACAACAGAGUUUAGCAGUGGGAAGGUGAUGGUGACGGGAACCAUGGACCCGAACAAGCUCGUAGAUUAUGUUUACAGACGGACCAAAAAGCAAGCCAGAAUCGUCCCGCAACCCGACCCGCCCCAACCCCCCGAAGAAACCAAGAAGGAACCCGAUAAUCCCCUGGUUGAGGAAUCUAAACCCGAAGACAAGAAGGAAGACAACGGAGCUGAUCAGAAAAAGGAGGAGGAUCCGAAGGCGGCGGCGGCGGCUGCCAACCAGACGGAUCCACCUCAAGAGCCAAAUAAAGAAGGCGAAGCUCAGGGCGGCGGCAACGGAGGAGGAAAUGAAGGCGAUAAAGAAGAAAAGAAAGAAGUUGCAGAAGGUGAUCCUGCGAUUAAUGACAUAUUGCAGAGCAAUCUGCAUGAAGAGAAUAUGAAGAGGAUGAUGUAUUAUUACCAGUACCAGCCAGUGUACGUGAUCGAACGAAUCCCUCCAGCUCCUCAGCUCUUCAGCGACGAGAAUCCAAAUGCUUGCUCGAUUUCGUAGUUAAAUUGUACUAAUUAAUUAAUUAAUUAGUUAAUUAAUUAAUACUUCCUUUAAUUAAUUAAUUAACUAAUUAAUUAUGUACGCCAUAAUCAAUUAAUUACUAUUAUAAGUAUAAAAACCAUGCAUGUAAUAUACAUAAUUUUAUAUACUACGUGUAAAUCGUACCACCUUUGUCACAUAAUUUUAAUUAGACACGAGGUUGGUGAGCCCUUAAUAUAAAUAUUAACGGGUACGUGCUGUUCAUGUUUGAUUUAAAUCACUGGUUCAUCAUCAUUAAUAAUAUUCUAAAGUGGUUCUGUAUAUUUGUGGAA